GACGUUAAUUAGUAGCUCGUGGCGGGCGGAAGUGAGCUAAAGAGCCCAGAUAAGAGGACUACUUUGACGAUAAACGUCGAGGAAAAUGUCUCGUUUGAAAGGAAAGAAGCCGGUGGACUCUUUGCGGGGCUUCAGGGCGCCGAUAAGCGAGCCAACGGUCCCGUAUGGCGUCCUCAAGGCGGCUCGCAGCAGCGGACAACUCAACCUGUCAGGUCGAGGGCUGACAGAAGUGCCUACGAACGUGUUUCGUCUCAACAUGGACACACCGGAGGAAGCCAAGCAGAACGUCUCCUUCGGUGCCUCGGACCGCUGGUGGGAGCAGACGGACCUCACCAAGCUGCUACUCUCCUCCAACCAGCUGACCUGCUUGUCGGAAGACAUCAAACUGCUCCCCGCGCUCACCACGCUGGACCUGCAUGACAACCGGCUGCAGACGUUGCCGAGCGCUCUGGGACAGCUGCAGGAGCUGCAGCAGCUGCGACUCAGUCACAACCAGCUGACGUCGCUGCCGCUGGAGGUCUUCUUUCUGAAGAGCCUCAGAAGCCUCACGCUCCAGCAGAACCAGCUGGAGGCCCUGCCGGAGGAGCUGGGACAGCUGGAGGCGCUGACCGAGCUGGAUGUGUCUAAUAACCAGCUGGAGGAGCUCCCCUCCUGCCUGGGUCGACUCUGCUGCCUGCAGAAGCUCAACCUGAGUCGCAACAAGCUGUCCUGUCUGCCUGACAGCCUGGCACAGCUCACCAGUGUGAAGCUCCUGGACUGCAGCAGCAACAUGCUGAGGGACAUUCCUCCCAGCCUGUCCCAGAUGCUGGCUCUGGAGCAGCUCUACCUCCGACACAACAAGCUCCACUUCCUCCCGCAGCUUCCUGCUCCCGCGCUCCGGGAGCUGUAUCUUGGCAACAACCAGAUAGAGAUGCUGGAGGCGGAGCAUCUGGCCAGCUUGCGAGUCAUUUCUCUGCUGGAGCUGCGAGACAACAAGAUCACGGUGCUGCCCGAGCAGAUGUCCACCUUGACCACGCUCACACGCCUCGACCUCACCAACAAUGACAUCGGCAUCCUCCCCGCAUCGCUCAGCCUGCUGCCCAACCUGAGUACUCUGUUGCUGGAGGGGAACCCUCUGCGUGGGAUCAGGAGGGAGGUGCUUACCAAAGGAACCAAUGAGCUUCUGAAAUUUCUGAGAGGAAGAGUCAAAGAGGAGCCUGACGGUGCCGGAGACAAGCAGACCGCCAUGACGCUGCCCAGCCAGUCCGCCAUCAACCUCCAUAACAUCAGAACCCUCAAAACGCUGGUGUACAGGGACAAUAAGGCCGACUGCGUCCCGGACGAGCUGUUCGAGGCCGCCGAAGGUCACGGCGUCACGUCUGUCGACUUCGGCAAGAACCAGCUGACUGCCGUGCCGCACAGGCUGGCGGAGCUGCGGGGGACCCUGACGGACCUCAAUCUAUCCUUCAAUCGACUCACCUGCUGCGAUCACGUCCCCGGGCUGCAGCAGCUGGUGCACCUUGACCUCAGUAACAACCUGCUGAGCGACCUGCCAGCCGAGCUGAAGAAUGUGGCCAAGCUGCGCUCAAUCGUCCUCAGCUUCAACAAGUUCAAGUCCUUCCCGGAGGUCCUGUAUCACAUGGUCUCCCUGGAAACGGUCCUGCUGGCCAGCAACCUGGUGGGAGGCGUGGAUCCCUCCCGCCUGAUGCAGCUGGUCCGCCUGUCCACGCUGGACUUGUCCAACAACGACCUGCUCAACGUCCCGCCUGAGCUGGGCCUGUGCACGGGGCUCAGGUGUCUCAGUCUAGGAGGAAAUCCUUUCAGGACGCCACGAGCCGCCAUCGUGGCUAAAGGAACCGACGCCGUGUUGGAGUACUUGCGUAGCCGCAUUCCCACAUGACCCCUCCGACUCUGACAGCCUUCAUUUCCAUGCCAAAUAGUUCUUAAAUGUUUACAAUCAUAUGAGAGUAAUUAAAGAUACUUUUUUGUCACUUGCUCAAAUUUUGUUCUUUUCUUUGCAUCGUUUCUGGCAAGACAAACCUAUUUUUUUCCGGUAACUCUCUUAUAAGAAGCAGCAAAUUUGAUUUUUUUUUUUAAUUGGCCUAUAUACAAAAAUAUCAGCUGAUCUGGGGCAGAGAUGUCUUCAAGACCUAAACAGUGUCAUUUGCUUGAAAGGUUAUGAGACUUUAAAGAGCAAUCGCACCUCUUGGGUCAGAGUCUAAACAGCUGAUUCAUGUCUCGGCCUCAGCAGCUGGAAAGUGUUUUUUUUUUUCAAAUGCUUAAAAUGUUUAUUUCUUAUCUAAGAGUCAACCAGGACCUGUACUACCAUCUCCAACCACGAGGGGGCAUUGCUCCAAUUCAUCUUGAGUGGAGGAAGUCACCCGGCUUUUACAGAGCGACAAAAUCCAAGGACUUUAUUUUCCAACAACGUAACACAGACAUAAAAACAUUCCCACUAGGCCAUGACGGACACAACGCUACAUCCUGCUCAUCUAUGACAAACUAGCACAAAAACACACGCAGCAAAGUGCCGCGACGCCCCAGUGUACCUAAACGCACCGUUCACCCUGCAUGGGCGUGUGUGUGUGUAUGUAUGAUUGUGUGUGUGUGUGUGUCUGGACCGGCCGGAUGCUUCUAGAUGUUUUAGGUGUUUCUAGAUGUUUUACACAGGAAGUGGACGCUGACAAUUCCGGGUGUAAAAUGUCCUCGGAGCACCGCUUGAUGCUCGUAAGGAUCACUGUUGCAGAAUGGCCGACCUCCUUACAAUAUAUACAAAAAUAUAAAAUGUAAAUAAAAAUACAAACAAAUUCUCUUUUUUUUGACGUUUGGAAGGGAGGACUGAGGGUUUUUUUUUCUUCUAGAAAGUGACGUCACGUCUACUUGUCCGUCUUCUGCUUCUUGGUCUCCACUUCGUCCUGCAGAGCACAAACAAACAGGAUGUACGUGAACGCCUCAAGCCAAGCCACUUCCGGACACAACAUGACCAAACACUAUUUACCUGUGCGGCCCUCAGUGGAUAAAGUUUGGACACCCCUGUUGUAAAGCUUGCGAAUACUUGAUCAGUUGCACAACUGCCCUCAACGGACUUCAACUGACACACAUAUGUCUUUGUGAGGAGCGUCUCUCCUCCGCCUCACCUCCUCAUCAUCCUCGUCGUCAUCGUCGUCCUCUGCUGUCCUCUUCCCUGUGGGUGCAACAAGGUCGUCCUCUUCAUCGUCAU